AUGUUUCUGGCUGUGUUAUAUUUCUGGCUGUGUUGUGUUUCUUGCUGCGUUAUGGUUCUUGCGGUCUUAUGUAUUUUUGGCUCCUGUAUGGUCAACCUCCGCACCCAGAAGCGACUCGCGUCGUCCGUCGUCGGCUGCGGCAAGCGCAAGAUCUGGCUGGACCCGAACGAAGUCAACGAGAUCUCCAACGCCAACUCGCGCCAGACCAUCCGCAAGCUCGUCUCCGAUGGCCUCAUCAUCCGCAAGCCCGUUACCAUGCACUCGCGUGCCCGCGCCCGGUCGCUCAACGAAGCACGAAAGAUUGGCAGACAUCGGGGUUUUGGUAAGAGGAAGGGUACCAAGGACGCUCGUAUGCCCAGCCAAGUCAUGUGGAUGCGCCGUCUCCGAGUCCUCCGCCGUCUCCUCGUCAAGUACCGCCAGGCCGGCAAGAUCGACAAGCAUCUCUACCACGAGCUCUACCACCUGAGCAAGGGUAACACCUUCAAGCACAAGCGUGCUCUCGUUGAACACAUCCACAAGGCUAAGGCCGAGAAGGCUCGCGAGAGGGCUGACAAGGAGUUGAUGGACGCGAAGCGCGCGAAGGCGAGAGCGGCUCGCGAAAGGCGACAGGGUCGUGUGGAGGCGAAGCGGCAGGCUCUGACGGCCGACGACGAGUAG